CAUGACAGUUCAAGUGGCGUAAACUGCACUCAUUUUGCAGUGUAGAUGUGCCCCAAAUGAACUUUAUUUAUUUAUUUAUUUAUUUAUUUAUUUAUUUAUUAUUCAAACUUAUAUGCCGCCACUCUCCUAGGGCUUGGGGCGGCUUAUAAGAACAGGCUAAAAUCUAAAACAAUUUAAAAAACAGCAGUAACAGAAAUCAAAAGCCUGCCGAAACAGGUGUGUCUUACAUGCCCUGCGAAAGGCUGAUAAUAAUAAUAAUAAUAAUAAUAAUAAUAAUAAUAAUAAUAAUAAUACUUUAUUUAUAUACCGCCCUAUCUCCCGGAUGGGACAGUCAUAAAAGCAACAUAAACAUUACAUAACAACGUAAUAACACAUUAUUAUACAAAGUAAAAUAAUACAAUUAUAACAAUAAAUAACACUUACAUGACCAGAUCAGGGGACAGAAACCAUAAACCCAAUAUAUUAAAAUGUAUCAUUUUAGGCUAGGGAAAUCUUGUGCAAUAAGUCCCGUUCUUUCAGUAAGUAAGUAAAGAAAACUAAGUAAAGGACCUUUGACAAGGUUCGCCCCAACCCCCAUUUAAUUUUGUCCAAUGCACCAUUUCAAACAACGUAAUUUGUCAUUGUGUUAGUCUAUUAUUAUUAUUAUUAUUAUUAUUGACACAACGACAUUGUAUGACACAGCAAACAAGAUAGACAUGCUGGAUUUCGUAUCACAAAAUCACAAGUGGAACACUUCCCAAGUGUCUAGGACUGUGUGAUGUAUUUUCGGAUGAUGCGUGCAGAUCCCAGCAGGGUGGCCUUUUGCAGUUGGCAGAUCGUAAUUUUGUCAAUGUCUAUUGUUUCCAAAUGCCGGCUGAGAUCUUUUGGCACGGCACCCAGUGUGCCAAUCACCACCGGGACCACCUGCACUGGUUUCUGCCAGAGUCUUUGAAGUUCAAUCUUGAGGUCCUGAGAGCGGCUGAGUUUUUCCUGUUGUUUUUCGUCAAUGCGACUGUCACCUGGGAUGGCAACAUCAAUGAUCCAAACCUCUUUCUUUUCCACAACUGUGAUGUCUGGUGUGUUGUGUUCCAGAACUUUGUCAGUCUGGAUUCGGAAGUAUCUUUGUGUGCUCAUUUUCCAAUACUUUUGCAGGUUUGUGAUCCCACCAGUUCUUUACUUGAGGCAUAAGAUCCAGUGGAUCAUUUGGGCCACAUAGUUGUGCCUCUGUUUGUAGUCAGUCUGUGCGAUUUUCUUACAGCAGCUGAGGAUAUGAUCAAUGGUUUCGUCGGUUUCCUUGCACAGUCUGCAUUUUGGGUCAUCAGCUGAUUUUUCGAUCUUGGCCUUAAUUGCCUUUGUCCUGAUGUCUUGCUCCUGGGCUGCAAGGAUCAGGCCUUCUGUCUCCUUCUUCAGGGUCCCAUUUGUGAGCCAGAGUCAGGUCUUCUCCUUAUCAGCUUUUCCUUCAAUUUUGUCAAGGAACUUUCCAUGCAAUGUUGUUUAUUAUCACCAUCAUCAUCAUCAUCAUCAUCAUUAUCAUUAUUAUUAUUAUCAUUAUUCAUACCCUGCUUUAUCUCCCCUGAAGGGGACUCAAAAGUGGCUUAGCAUAAAAGCAUCAGCACAAUGGCUUUCCAUUAUGCAAAGGCGCUCGAAGAAAAAAAUAUACAGCAGGUACAGUAUAAAGAGUACACUAUUAUUUUUAAAAAUCAAUAGGAACAUAACAACAUAAUUAUUUCCUGCCUAUUCCGUAAACCAUCUGGAGGCCAAUACCAAUGCAGGCAAAGCACCUUUUCUUGGAGCGCAGCAUGUGUGCUUCCGGAAAAGCGCCUCCUCUCCACUCCCAGGUUGUCUGGAAACUGGAGGGAGGGACGAUGUCCAACCAGCAUCAGCCCUAGGAAGCUAUAAAGGGCUGAAGGGGACAAAAGGUGCUGGUUCAGUUGUUGAGUUCCCUGGGAAAAGGCAGGAGAAGCCAUUCAGAGCAACACCAUCCUGGUUCUGCGGUUGCCCAACUAAGUCCUCCAAGCAAAGUGACCUACAAUGGUUCUCUUGGUGACCACUUUUCAAAGAAAAAAUUAAGAAACACCAUGGGGAAUACCAUCUUUGGAAUCAUCCUGGCCGUCCUCUCAUCGCUCAUCAUGGCCGUGAAUGUUUUCAUGGUGGUGGCCUUGGUCCAGCUGAUCUGGAAAACCCGGAGCUUUGGGCUCUGUUUCAUCCUCAACCUUGCCGUCGCCGACUCCUUGGUCGGCUUCACCAUCACGGGCCUCGUCACCGAAGAGCUCUCCAACGCCCAACACAAGACCCCACAAAACUACUGUGUGCUGCGCAUGGCCUGCGUCACCUGCCCCUCAGCUGCCUCCAUCAUCACUGUGAUUUUGGUCACCUUUGACAGGUACCUGACCAUCAAGCACCCCUUCCAGUACUUCAGAAUCAUGGGUGGCUACGUUGUGGGGGCCUGCCUUGCAGGGCUUUGGCUCCUGGCUUGCUUCAUUGGCUUCCUCCCUCUGAUUGCUCACAGCCUCCAGAAAAAGAACUACGAGGGACUGUGUACCUUCUUCAGAGUCUUCCAGCCCACAUACAUGCUCACCGUUUUUUGUGUGGUUUUCUUCCCAGCCUUCUUUAUUUUCAUCUACUUCCAUUACGACCUGCUGAAGAUCGCCUCUCUACACGCCCAGCAGAUCCGAGAGCUGGAACCCACCGGCUUGACGGAAACGUGCCCAGCUCCUCCGCUCUCUAAUAUCACCAAAGGGUUGCGCACCGUGGCCAUCCUAGUCGGGUGUUUUGGGGUGCUGUGGUCACCCUUCUUCAUUGGGAGCAUUGUGCAGAUUGCGUGUGAGCGGUGCAACCUGGACGACCUCCUCGAACGGUACCUCUGGGUGAUGGGCGUGUGCAACUCGCUGGUGAACCCACUGAUCUACGCCUACAGGCAAAAGGAGGUGCGCCUGCAAAUCUGCCAGAUGUGUGUGUGCAUGAAGAUCAAGGUCUUCCCUCUGUUUCAUGGCCACAGCCAAAGCCAUGCUCCCAGCAGGGCCAGGCCUUCGGUGCACAUCAUCUCACUGGCCCACCUGGAAGGAUGACACGGUAAGGAGAGGGCUGUGAUGAACAUGGCUUUGGGAUGCAAGCGUUCCAUUGAUGUCUGUCAAAUCCUCCACUUCCGUGGAAUGCAUUGAUACACACCAUAUAGUCUGAACUUUAUACAAUACUUUUAAUAAUUUUGUGCAUGGGGUAGAAGGUUAAAAGGUGGGUCUGGGAGAAUGAAUGAGAAAUGGGGUCACAGGGUGCAUCGACACCAGGCAUGGGCAAACUUCAGCCUUUCCGAUAUUUUGGAC